UCUCUCUCUCUCUCUCUCUCUGCUUCGCUAUGGUUUUGCCUCUGCGGUGCAGUCUCCAACUGAAGCUUCGCCAUAUUCAAUUCAAUGCUUAGUUUAUUUGGAAAAGGCACCUGAAGCAUGGGGACACUCAAUUGUCUGAGGUUGAACCAUGGUACUUUUACAGCCAGAUCCAUUUCUCAAUGAGCUUACUAGCAUGUUUGAGCAUAGCACAGAAAAAGGCUCUGUUUGGGUUACUCUUAAGCGCUCAUCCAUGAAGUCUAAGGUCAAGAGGAAUAAGAUGACAACGGCCGGUGAAGAAAUUGAAUAUAGAUGUCUUAUUCGGGCAACUGAUGGCAAAAAGACCAUUUUGACUUUGGUGGGGUCGAAGGAUCACCAACGCUUUCAAGCUUCUUACGCAACUAUUCUCAAGGCCCGGAUGACUGCUUUGAAGAAGAGAGAGAGGAAGGACAAGAGAAAAGCUGCACCUGCAGAUGCAAAUAAGAAACAAAAGGCUUCAAAGAAGCAAUCUACUGCUUCCUAGUCCUCAGUUCAAACUGUAUCUCCUUGGUUUCUCAUUUUUUCCCCACUCUCUUUUCUUUGAUAGAAUGCUAGGAAUUACAUUUCUUCUUUUUAAAAUUUUUAAUCGUUUCUACAAGGUAGCGUAGAGAGCUGUCACAGGGAUUGGAGAGAAUUGGGUUUUUCUUUAAUUACCUUUCUUUUACAUAUGUGGUUCAUAUUGAAUGCUAAAACUUGUGUCUGAUUAAAAUUGAAAUGCGUUUUUGCAGCUGUU